ACAGUAAAACUGUCCAGAAAGACCAGAGGUGGGCUGUUAUGGUCCGCUUGGAGGGCGCGUUUGGGAGCGAGGUGUUCCAGGUGGUGCCGGGCGUCAGUCCCGGCGGGGAUCCGAGCCCUAGUCCUCCUCUUUCUGAUCCCCAGACGAGUCGGGUCGCUCCUUUUGUUGUUGAGUAACCACGCGUCUGCCAGGAAGUGCGUCUCCGGUCUCAUCUCUGAUCACAGGAUGGGGAUGGGGGUGUGGGACACAAUGGGCGACAUGUGCUCCUCGUCCCGGGCCGGUUCGCCAGCCCAGGGACCCGGGACCACAGCCCAGGUACAUGGUCUCCCCCGGCCACGGGACCCGGGACCACAGCCCCGGGUCUCUCCCAGUCCCGGUUGGGUGGACCCGGUGGGGUACGGUGGAGGACGGGGAUCUUUGUCUCCAAAGUUGACUCGUGGGAUCGUUUUGUGUAGAUGGGGGAAUGAUGAGGAGGCGCUGGUGGACCUGGGGAAGACCAGCUCCACGCUUCACACCAACUUCGAGAAGGAGGAGCUGGAGAGUCACAGGGCCGUCUAUGUGGGCGUGCACGUGCCCAUGGGUCGGCAGAGCAGGAGGAGACACCGUCACCGCGGCAACAAGCAUCACAGGAAGAGACGAGAGCGCAGCUCCGACCACGAGGACGGCCGGGAGUCACCGAGCAACGACACGCCGUCCCAGAGGGUGCAGUUCAUCCUGGGGAUGGAUGACGAUGACGAGGAGCACGUCCCCCACGACCUGUUCACCGAGCUGGACGAGCUGGCCUUCAGGGACGGCCAGGGCCAGGAGUGGAAGGAGACCGCCAGGUGGCUGAAGUUCGAGGAGGACGUUGAGGACGGGGGCGAGCGCUGGAGUAAGCCCCACGUGGCGACGCUGUCGCUGCACAGCCUGUUCGAGCUGCGCUCCUGCAUCACCAACGGCACCGUGCUGCUGGACAUGAGGGCCGGCACGCUGGAGGAGAUCGCAGACAUGGUGAUUGACAGCAUGCUUGCGUCGGGGCAGCUGGAGGCGGGGGUGGAGGACAAGGUGAAGGAGGCCAUGUUGAAGCGCCACCACCACCAGAACGAGAAGAAGCUGAGCAACCGCAUUCCCCUCGUGCGCUCCUUCGCCGACAUCGGCAAGAGGCAGUCAGACCCCCACCUGCUGGAGCGCAACGGAACAGGUCUGCUGGCGUCGCCCCAGUCGGCCCCCGGGAACCUGGACCAAAGCAAGGUCCUGGAGGGCCGCGGCACCCCAGGAGGAGGAGGAGGGAGCAGAGAGAACAGCACUGUGGACUUCAGCAAGGUCGAUAUGAACUUCAUGAAGAAGAUCCCCCCCGGGGCAGAGGCCUCCAACGUCCUGGUCGGGGAGGUGGACUUCCUGGACCGACCAAUCAUAGCCUUCAUCAGGCUGUCCCCGGCCGUCCUGCUGACCGGCCUCACAGAGGUCCCGGUCCCCACCAGGUUCCUCUUCCUGCUCCUGGGGCCGUUCGGGAAGGGCCCGCAGUACCACGAGAUCGGGCGCUCCAUCGCCACGCUGAUGACAGACGAGAUCUUCCAUGACGUGGCCUACCGGGCUAAGGACCGCUCUGACCUGCUGUCGGGGGUCGAUGAGUUCCUGGACCAGGUGACGGUGCUGCCCCCCGGGGAGUGGGACCCCAGCAUCCGCAUCCAGCCCCCCAAGACCAUCCCCUCCCAGGAGAAAAGGAAGAUGCCCGCCCUGCCCAAUGGCUCCUCCCACUACUCUGACAUCAUCAAGGAGGCGGAGCAUCAGACCGGGCCCGAGCUACAGAGGACUGGGAGGUUGUUUGGCGGUCUGGUGGCGGACGUGUGGCGUAAGGCCCCCUUCCUGGUCAGCGACCUGCGCGACGCGCUCAGCCUGCAGUGCCUGGCCUCGGUCCUCUUCCUCUACUGCGCCUGCAUGUCCCCCGUCAUCACCUUCGGGGGGCUGCUGGGCGAGGCCACGCACGGGAACAUCAGUGCGAUUGAGUCUCUGUUCGGGGCGUCGCUGACGGGCGUGGCCUACUCGCUGUUCGCCGGGCAGCCCCUCACCAUCCUGGGCAGCACCGGGCCCGUCCUGGUCUUUGAGAAGAUCCUCUUCAAGUUCUGCUGUGACUACGAGCUGUGCUACCUCUCGCUGCGGACCAGCAUCGGGCUGUGGACCGCGCUGCUCUGCCUGCUGCUCGUCGCCACGGACGCCAGCUCGCUGGUGCGCUACAUCACGCGCUUCACCGAGGAGGCCUUCGCGGCGCUCAUCUGCAUCAUCUUCAUCUACGAGGCGCUGGAGAAGCUGGGGCACCUGGGGGAACUGUACCCGGUCAACACACACGCCGCCCUGGGCAACGCCACCGACGACACGUGCCGGUGUUCCGCUGCGGCCAACUCCUCCCAGCCGGCCUCCCGGGGGUGGAACAGCAGCGAGGUCCUCUCCCUGGGCCACCUGGACCAGCAGGAGUGUUUGAGGCAGGGGGGGAGGUUCUCCUGCCGCUACGUCCCUGACGUCCUCUUCUGGUCCAUCAUCCUCUUCUUCACCACCUUCUUCCUCUCCGCGUUCCUCAAGCAGUUCAAGACCAGUCGCUACUUCCCCACCAAGGUGCGCUCCAGCAUUAGUGACUUCGCCGUGUUCCUCACCAUCCUGAUCAUGGUGCUGCUGGACUACCUGGUGGGGAUCCCCUCCCCCAAACUCAACGUCCCCGAGCGCUUCGAGCCCACCUCUAAGACCCGGGGCUGGCUGAUCUCCCCCCUUGGCCCCAACCCCUGGUGGACGGUGCUGGCGGCCGCCGUCCCCGCGCUGCUCUGCACCAUCCUCAUCUUCAUGGACCAGCAGAUCACCGCCGUCAUCAUCAACCGCAAGGAGAACAAGCUCAAGAAGGGCUGUGGCUACCACCUGGACCUGCUGGUGGUGGCGGUGAUGCUGGGUGUGUGCUCCAUCAUGGGCCUGCCCUGGUUCGUGGCGGCCACGGUGCUCUCCAUCUCCCACGUCAACAGCCUGAAGCUGGAGUCGGAGUGCUCCGCCCCCGGGGAGCAGCCGCGCUUCCUGGGCAUCAGGGAGCAGCGCGUCACCGGCCUGCUCAUCUUCCUGCUCAUGGGCUGCUCCGUCUUCAUGACCCCCGUGCUCAAGUUCAUCCCCAUGCCGGUGCUCUACGGGGUCUUCCUGUACAUGGGGGUCUCCUCUCUGAAGGGCAUCCAGCUGUUCGACCGUAUCAAGCUGUUCGGGAUGCCCGCUAAGCACCAGCCCGACCUCAUCUACCUGCGCUACGUGCCACUGUGGAAGGUGCACCUGUUCACCCUGGUGCAGCUCACCUGCCUCACGCUGCUGUGGAUCACCAAGGCCUCCGCCGCCGCCGUGGUCUUCCCCAUGAUGGUCUUGGCGCUGGUGUUCAUCCGGAAGCUUCUGGACUUCUGCUUCACUAAGAGAGAGCUGAGCUGGCUGGACGACCUCAUCCCCGAGAGCCGCAAGAAGAGGGAGGACGACAAGAAGAAGAGGGAGAAGGAGGAGGUGAAGAGGCUGCUGCAGUCUUCUGAGGACCUGACCAAAUCCCUUAAAGGAGGCGCCGACCCCUCCGUGGUGAACAUCUCCAACGAGAUGUCCAAGACCAGCCUGUGGAAGGCCCUCUCCUCCAGGGCCGAGGGCGGCCGUGGCCCCAAGGCCAGCCCACGCAGGCCGGAGGUCCCGCCCAGCGUCCGGGUCACCGUGGAGGAUGAGGAGCCGGUGGUGAGCUCCGAGACCUCCAUGUGACGGGGGUCCACGGACCACCUCGCCGUCCACCGCAGAGAGGCCUCCGACUGUCAGAGAGAGGGAGAGUGGGGAGGAGGAGGAGGAGGGACUGAGGAAGAGGAGGAGGGACUGAGGAGGAGGAG